AUGUUGCCUGAAUCCCUCCGGAGCAGUUAUGCUCAGUACAAGGACGACACAGACCGUUUCGCAACAUGGCUCCUCGCCGCCGCCGAGAAAUGCGGGUAUGAAUCCAAUCUAAGACUCGCCGGCGACGACCCCGCCAAUAGCAUGAACAGCGCAAGCAAGACAAGGAGCAAGGCAAAAACCAAAUCUGCACACAUGCCGCCACUGAGAUACAAAGCCACCGUCUCUGAGCUCCGCAACCUUGGUCGGGUGGUGGCCAAGUCCUCCUUAAAAAUCCCAAGCCACAUCCUCGCCGUAGCCCGUCGAGCUGUCACACUGAGGAAGCAAGCCACCCUCUGGUUCCUCGGAGAAGGCGAUUCUGCAUCAAACAAACGACACGCUCAUUUCGUCCAGGUCCUGGAGGAGAUCUGCGAGUCUCUAGAAUGGCAAAGAAACGAGCAUCCUCUAGAACAGGACUGGAACACGUCUUCUGCAGCAACGACCCUCUCUGACGGAAACAUGGAUGCAAAGGCCAUCGACGAGGCUUGGAUAAACCACUUUUCCAUCCUUACCGUCGAGAACCCUGAAGAGGUUCAGGAGCCAAGUACUUCUCCCAAGCAGCUCGUCAAAGUCGAGGUAGUUGAAGAGGACGAUGUGGACGCUGAAAACUCAGAGCAGAAUUACGUGUCUCACGCCUUUUUCCAAGUCUUCUGUCUGUUCCGGGAUCUUCAGAACAUGCGAAGCUUCAUCUCGCAAACCUGGGAAGAGUAUCGCGAUAACAAACUCGACCUCAUGACCGCCUCUGUGGUCACAGACACUGCUUUACAGCUUGCCAGGGCCGCGAUCGAGGAUCUCAUACACGACCCGUUGGUGUUCCCUGAGCUCCAUCGUGAUGAGCUUGCAUUGCAGAAAAUGUUGUACGAUACCGCCUGUAUAUUCCGCGGCCACUAUGAGCAUACGUCUAUUGAACCCGGGUUGACAUUCGAUGUCAAUAUGGCUGAUGUAGCCGAUUGGUAUUUUGUCCCAACACGCACUUUGCUGCAGUCUUUUGUACCCAUAAUGCAUCAAUCCGACAUACCUGAUCUUAUAAAAGGCUAUUUUGGUGUGAUCGACCAAAAGGCCGACAGGUGCCGCAUGUCCGUCGGUGAGAGGUUCCAGGAGGACAAGAUACUUCUGCUUGAGCUCCUGCCAGAGUUUUGCCUGAUGCAGACAUGCGGCUCCCAGUGGCCGGUCCGUGACGAGCUCACCCACGGCUUUCUUGAGUUUGCUAAAACCAAGAAAACCACUUUAUGGCUGUGUUUCGCAGCCCAGAUCUCUCUCGACAUCCAACACACGCUGAGGUCGAGUCCCGCCAGAGCUUGGAACGAUCUCCGUAUGGCGGGACUGCGCGUUUCAAAGACUAUUGCUGACUUUAAGGCACUCUCUGCCACACAUCCCAAGCCUGCAUUCUGGCCUAAACAAGGAGACCAAGAGAUCGACAACAUUCAGGAUUGCAUCGAAAAAAACAUCAAGCGCGAUCCUCAACAUGCAUUAUGGCAACUUGCGGACUCACGCCAGACACAUGAUGAGCAGUUAUUCUUUAAGAAGAGCCCUAUCCUUUGUGGUUUGAUGACGUUCCACAUCACCCUCCGCAUGCAGCUCAUUGGCCAAGGCUUAGUGAACCAGUGGUAUGACGUCCAGCAGAUGGCAUUUCUGUACAACCUGGUGCAGAAUGUCCCUGAAGCAAAGCUUAGCUGGCCAGAUAUCGAAGUAUUUAUAGGCAUCCAUGGCGAGAAUCGUAUCUUUGUCGGCAAGAGGCCCAAGAAUGCGGCAGAGUCGCUUAACAGGCUUGAGGUAGCAACGGGCAUAUCCUCCAUUUCCAGAUUCGCUCGCGACGCCCGUAAUACAAAGCAAUGGCAUCGCCCGGAUGGGAAGAGCAAUCGACUUCUUCAACCCACGACCAAAGUCGCCAACAUGUUCCGGGACAACUACACCAAGCCCGAACAGAGACGCAACAUUGCCAACGCCGACAUCGACAAGUUGCUGGACGAGCUUAUCAACGAUUCUCCCAUUGCUGAGAAGGGAGCUCAACGGUACAAGAAAGCCCCGAGCCCUACCAACCCAGAGGACUUUUUGUUGGAGAAGUGGUCUAACAAGCACAACCUCGGCGCCCUUCAAUUCCUUGCGCUGGUCCGGACAAAGUUGCACGAGGAGGAGCCGGUGCUCAUGUUCAACUACUUUGGCAUGCAUCGGCGAUCAAUCGAGAUCCUGCGGCGAAUUCGUGACAAAGAGCACCACAAGUUCGUCCAGUACUUUACAGCUGGCUACAUGCCUGACGAGUCCAUGAUCUCCAACCUUGUUAUUCUCAUCCAUGACGUCGCCUGUGGCUCCGCCGCUGCAUCGCAGGAAUUAGGCCUUGCUUCGAAAUUUCAGAGUAGCACCAUCGUCAGUCGAAUUAUCAUGAGCUGCGGGGACGUUAUGCGCGAGUAUCUCAGAACCAAAGGGGACUUGGCCUGCAAGGAGCUACGGACGUUUUGCAAGAAUAAGACGCCGCUAUAUUCCGAAGCUGUGGGCAAAGACGAGGAACAGGAGAAGAAGUUCAUGUCCUGGCUCAGCUUGGAAGAGGUGCUUGACCCGAAGGCAAUGGCCUCACUGAUGACAGGCAUACCUGUGUCAUGGCAGUGA